AUGGGCGCCUUGAGGCCCCCAGCAGCUACUGUUGGCUCAUUACUGCCCUGUGUGGUCACUGGACACCAUGCACACAUGCAGCAGACACAUCCAUGCACCACACAUGUCCAUGCACCUCAGCUAGUAGGAAAGGAUGAGCAGGGAGCUGCCUUGCCUAACCAUCCCGCACUUGCACCUGUGGCCAUUGGGAUGGGUGUGGCCCAUAUCCAGUAUUGUAAAAGAAAAGAUAAGUGCCAUUACUGUCCUGAAAGUAAGAAGAGGAAUGCCGUAGGACCAGACGGCUCAGAAGCAACAUCUUUUUCUUUGUAGGUAUCAGCGAACGAAAUCAAACAAUAUUUACCACACACAUUGGAACAAAGAACAUCAAGUAAUGUAAUCAAUAAAAGAGAAAAUCUCUUAGAAAAAAAGAAGAAUCAACGUAAAAUAAGAAUAAAAGGAAUUCAAAAUAAAGAUAUCUUGAGAAAUAAGAAUCAUUUACAAAAGCAAGCAGAGAAAAAUUUUACAGAUGAAGGAGACCAGCUCUUUAAGAUGGGCAUCAAGGUUCUCCAGCAGUCUAAAAGCCAAAAACAAAAAGAAGAGAGAACCAGAAGACAGAAAAUGAGUGAGGACAAACUUAUGGCCCAAAAGGCUGACAUUGACCUGGUAUACAAAAUUCAGCUGAACAAGUCUGUUGUUGUUGUUGUUGUUGUUGUUGUUUGUGCAUUAGGAUUUUUGUCUUCUUAUGGAAUAGGAAUGGAAUAUGAUCAAGCUAAGGCACUGAUAUAUUACACCUUUGGAAGUGCUGGAGGAAGCAUCAUGUCCCAGAUGAUUUUGGGGUACAGAUAUUUGUCAGGAAUCAAUGUUCUACAGAAUUGUGAAGUUGCCCUAAGUUACUACAAGAAAGUGGCAGAUCAUAGCCGGCUUCCAGCCACUAAGGAAGCCAUAUGUCCAGCAGCAACCAAUUACCCAAUAAAUGAUAUAGUCUCUCUUGGACAAUUACAUCUAAUUGGGAGGAAAGGUCUGGAUCAGGAUUACCACAAAGCAUUACACUACUUCUUAAAGGCAGCAAAGGCCGGGAGUGCAAAUGCCAUGGCAUUUAUAGGAAAGAUGUAUUUAGAGGGGAAUACUGCCACACCGCAAAAUAAUGCUACUGCCUUCAAGUACUUUUCCAUGGCAGCCAGUAAGGGCAAUGCAAUUGGCCUUCAUGGGCUUGGUCUUCUUUACUUUUAUGGAAAAGGAGUUCCCGUGUUUUCAGCUGGCUCUGGAAUAUGGAAGGAUUAUAAACUUGCCUUCAAAUAUUUUUACUUGGCAUCUCAGAGUGGGCAGCCCCUCGCCAUUUAUUAUCUGGCCGAGAUGUAUGCAACAGGAACAGGAGUAGUAAGAUCAUGCAGAACUGCUGUGGAGAAAAGGCUAACAUUCUUGAAAAAGAGAAGAUGUAUCCAAUGGCGCUUCUACUAUGGAAUCGAGCUGCCAUUCAAGGACAUUCACUUGGCCAGAAGAUUGUACGACAUGGCUGCUCAAACGAGUCCAGAUGCCUACAUACCUGUGUUCCUUGCCCUCAUGAAACUGGAAACUAUGCAUUUGCUCCGGGAUAUUCUGUUUUUUAAUUUCACAAUGAGAUGGAACUGGCUGAAACCGGACAACACCGUUGGACCACACUGGGACUUAUUUGUGAUUGGCCUCAUUGUUGCUGGGCUGAUUUUGUUGCUUAGAAAUCACCGUGGGUAGGAUGAGGAUCAUGGGAAAACCUACUAACGGUAACCAGUUCACUCCAAGGUAUUCCCGCUAAAUAAACAGUUUCCCAUCCAAA